GCACGUGUUCAGUCAGUCAGUCAGACAAAGCGCGCCAUAUUGAGUGUUUUACGACUGCAUCUGACCUUCCAUUAUCUUUGUUUUAUUCUAAUUCCCAGCCAGUUUUGAUAAGCCAAGCUAAGUAUUACCUGACACAUCUGCCGGAAAGAAUGACAAGUGAAGGAAAGAUCGAAUCUGAGGUGGGUAGGGCCGCUUUGAAUCCAGACUUUGUGCUCGGGAAGUUUGGACUCAAAAUGGCGUCUCAUGUCGAAGCGAUGGAGGGGUCAUCUCGAGAGUAUGUGGUCCGUGCAAGGGGUCUGCCCUGGUCAGCCACCCAGGAGGAUGUAUAUAAAUUCUUUAGUGACUGCAAUAUUAUUGGAGGUCAAAAUGGAGUUCAUUUUACUUUUGCUGUUGAUGGAAGACCAAGUGGAGAAUGCUUUAUUGAACUUGCUUCAGAAGGAGAUUUGAAUACUGCUCUUGAAAAGAACAACCAGCACAUGGGAAAACGAUACAUUGAAGUGUUCCGCUCCAAGGCYGAGGAAAUGGACUGGGUGAUCAAGCGCAUGGGACCCCCACAAGACAAGGACCUUGAGUCYGUUGUACGUCUUCGUGGUCUGCCAUAUGGCUGUUCUAAGGAGGAAAUAGCACAGUUCUUUACCGGGUUGGAGAUUGUACCAAAUGGGAUUACCAUCACAUUAGAUGAGGAGGGGAAGACAACAGGGGAAGCAUUCGUGGAGUUUGCUUCACCAGAAAUAGCCGGGCAAGCCAUGCAAAAACACAAGGAAACCAUUGGGCACAGGUACAUUGAAAUCUUCAAGAGUUCUAAGUCAGACAUAAGGUUUGUUACUAAACCCAAACCGCUGAUGUCAACAAGACCUGGUCCUUAUGACAGAAUGGGUGGCUUUGGGGGGCCACGAUUUGGACGUGGAGACUAUGAGAGAAGGUACAGGGGUGGCGGACGAGGWAAUUAUGGUCCAGUCUUUGGAGGUGGAUACAAUGGUGGGGGCUUUGGCAAUGAUUUCAACAGCUAUGGAGGUGGUGGUGGUGGCAGAGGCCGUGGAGGGCGUGGACGAGGCGGACAUGGUGGUAGAGGAGGUGGUGGUGGGUUUGGAUUCUCUGGUCAUAGUUCAACCGGCCACACUGUCUCAAUGAGAGGGCUGCCGUUCGCAGCAAAAGAAACAGACAUCAAGCAAUUCUUUGCUCCCUUGAAUCCUGUCGACAUCAAGAUCAGGUGGGGUCCUGAUGGACGCUGUUCUGGAGAAGCAGAAGUGGACUUUGCCAGUCAUUCAGAUGCACAGGCAGGCAUGUCUAAAGACAGACAGUCGAUGGGUCACAGAUACAUUGAACUCUUCCUGAACUCUGUUCCUGAUGGUAGUGGUGGUAGUGGAUGGGCCCAGCCACCGAACCGAGGGAAUGAUAACCAGCAGGUUGCAGUAGGAGGAGGAGGAGGAGGCGGGAACUACAACAACACUAACAUGAAUUAUGGCAAUGCUGCUUCUGCAGGAACCUACAGCAGUAACACAAACUACACCAACUUCAGCAACACUGCAAGCACAGCUGCAAACCAGACAUAUACCAACCAAGCAAACACUGGAAACUUUGGCAACCAAGUGACUGGCAGUUUUGGGGGGCAACAGACAAUAGCCAAUCCAGCACAGACCAAUAUCGCCAACCAGCCAUUCAACCAGAGUGCUAACACGUACACAGCUACCCAAAAUACUGGGAGUUUUGGGGGGCAGACCAAUACUGGGUACGGACAGUCUGGGUAUACAAACUAUGCCACCCAAAAUACUGGGUAUACAGCACCACAGACUACGAACUAUGCCACCCAAGGAACUCCCCAGGUACAAGCAACCACGCCAUUCACCCAGGUGCAACAGCAACCACAACAACAGCAGCAGCAGCAACAGCCACAACAGCAACAGACUGGGUAUACAGAUGCUUAUGCAACGACUGGCAGUGAUUCAUACUUCGCCAGCAUGAAUCAAAUAAAGCAGGAUCCUAGUAACCAAGGCAACGCUAUGACGUAUACUGGUUACUAAGGGCAACCACUAUCUUUAUUAGAGACAUUGGAUUGUUAGAAAACUAGAGCUCUUGCAACAGGACUUUCUUGAGGGGAAAAACGUGUAUUCAAAUAGUGCUGGGGAAAAAGUUAUAUUUGUAUGUAGAGCACUAGAACAAUUUAUCAUUGUAACUAAGAUUUACUACUCUUCUCAGUAGACCCAGGCAGUUGCAUUUCAAAUCGACCACGUGAUGCCAGUGUUGUAACAUGUGGACAAGGUUUUACAACACGUGACCAAAGCGCAGUCAAGUUUUAAACUUGUUCAUGUGGUAUAGCAGUGGUAUCACGUGGUCGAUUUGAAAUGAACUUGCGAUUAGCAUAACAGACGCUACGAAAUUCAUUACUGCCUGGGUCUACUGUUAAGAUCGGUUGUAAGAGGUAUGUACCUUGAUACUAAUGAUUCAAAGAGCACAUUAGAUUACAUUAGAGCCAAUUUCAUAAUAGAGGAAAUGAUACCGCAAACUA